UUUCAUUCUGUGUCUGUGUCAAUGGCACUCGCAAAUUCAGCUGAACAAGAGCAGCAAAUAUCUGACUCUCUCAUCAACUUCAAGUGUGGGAUUGGCAAUAAGGAGCCAUUGCUGAGCUUUGAGCCACAAGGGGUUUGUCAAUUAGACACUCACAAUUGGGAUCAGCAGCGUGCGAUGGAGGAUCCCAGCCCUCCAAAACAUCAUGGAGAUCAUGACCCUCUUUAUGGCUGGCUUUCUGAUGACAUAACUGGAAAUCACAAGCGAUCCCAUACGACGGGAAAUAGCAGUGGGGGUGUGUGUAAGAAGCAAUGUACUUUUGCAGCUGAGAAACAGGGACCCAGAUCAUCAACAGCCAAGGAUCCACAGAGCAUUGCAGCCAAGAAUCGACGAGAGAGGAUUAGUGAGAGGCUGAAGAUACUCCAAGAAUUGGUUCUUAAUGGCUCCAAGGUUGAUUUGGUAACCAUGUUGGAGAAAGCCAUUAGUUAUGUCAAGUUUCUUCAACUACAAGUCAAGAUCCUAGCGACCGACAAAUUUUGGUCCAUUCAAGGAGGGAAAGCUCCAGAUAUUUCACAAGUUAGGGAAGCCAUUGAUGCCAUUCUUUCAUCACAAAGAGAAAGAAGCUCAAGCUGAAACAGUCAAAAGUGAUGGUACUUUUGGCCUCCGCGUAGAUCGACAUUAUUCAAAUGAGCUAGCAACUGAAAUGUAUGCAUAUCAGUAUGCACGUCAAUGCCUUGUCAAUGUGCUUUAAUCUUUUGAAGAACAUCAACGCCUCAUGCAAGCUGCACCCCAUCUGGGUCCUUCACCAAUACACACACAAAGAAAUCAGCCCAUUUUCAAUCUACAAACUUGGUCCAAU